AUGGCUUCAAAACGUGAUUCGGCCUCAGGCGCCGACCAAUACGAGGAUCAUCCGGACGCACCGCUGCCGAUCCGGGUGGAGCAGUCGAGAUCGAACCCGAGAUCCAAGAGAUCAUCUUCACAAACUCAAGGCGAGGAUGAACAUGACUACAACUGUGAAAGUGGUAGCGAAGCCGACCCCCGACCAGCACUGGCUCAAUCAGAACCCCGUCCUAUCGAGGACGAUGAAUAUGACGACGCUGCCGCUAUUGCUGCAGCUGCGCGACCCCGCCGUGCAUGGAAAGUAUGGUGGCUACGCAAUAAGGGUAUGGGACUUGUCCUACUGUCGCAGGCCUUCGCUGCCUCUAUGAAUGUCAUGACGCAGAUCUUGGAAAUCCAUAGCUCUAUGCAUCCUUUCCAGAUCCUCUUCGCCCGCAUGUCCAUAACAGCAAUUGCAAGCUACCUAUACAUGUACAUCGCCUCAACACCCUCCCCACUAGGCACACGUCCCGUCCGCGGUCUCCUCCUCCUCCGCGCCCUCUUCGGCUUCACCGGCGUUUACUGUCUCUACUACUCCGUGCAAUACCUCCCCCUCUCCGAAGCAACAGUGAUAACCUUCCUCUCACCAAUCAUCUCCUGCUACGCCUGCUCGCUCCUCAUUCCCGGCGAGACCUUUUCCCGAAAACAGCUAUGCGCCGGCCUAAUCUCUCUCGGCGGCGUCGUGCUCAUCGCCCGCCCCUUCGGCAAGCACGACCCAAGCGUCUCAUUUGCAACCCCAACCGCAGCCGCCGCAUGGGCAUUAGGCCUGUCCACUUCGGCAGUCGAAAAACCACCCUCCGAAACAGACUCCUACCACCACAUCCUGGCGACAAUCGUCGCCUUGAUCGGCGUGAUCGGCGCUUCGGGUGCUUACAGUACUAUCCGUAUUAUCGGCCGUCGUGCGCACCCCCUCGUGUCCGUGACGUACUUCUCGUCCGUGACGACGAUUAUUUCUUUGAUUGCGAUGGCGGUCGUGCCUUCUGUGCCGUUCCGAGUGCCUAUUACGGCCGUUGAAUGGACACUGCUGACCGGGCUCGGUAUCUGCGGGUUCUUGUUGCAGUUCCUGUUGACGGCGGGUUUGUCGUACGUCCCGCCUGCGUCGGUCUCGGAUGGGAAGCCUGUCGCGCAGGGAGCGCGUGCUACGUCGAUGGUUUAUAUGCAGAUGUUCUUUGCGGUAUUCUAUGAUAAGGUUGUUUGGGGGAGUACGCUCACUCCCAUUAGUUGGAUCGGGUCUGGGAUUAUCUUGGCUUGUGCGAUUUAUGUGGUGUUUGCGCAUGAGAGUCCUGCCCAAAACGGAAGUGAUAGUGGAGUGGAGGAGUAUCGUGAUGCGGAGGGAUACAAGGAUGCCACUGAGGAUGAGAGUUUCAAGGACGCCGAUGAUGAGGAGAGAGCGCAGGGGUCAGAACAGGAGAAUUGA